UUUCAAUUAUCCGCCUUCAGUGUUGAAGACGUCGAUGAACCGUCGUACAGGACUUUUUAAAGCGAUAAUGAAAAUACUCAUAACAAUCAUUGCUGAUGUGUUUGAAAAUUUCGUUCACGAUUCUUACCGGUUUAAAUUUUUUAAAACCAAUGGUUAAAAUAAAAUAAGUUGAAAUUUUUUUUUUCGAUUCGUGUGUCGCGUUUUUUUUUUUUUUUUUUCGUCGCGUGACUACCGUUGUUCAAAGGCUAAAAUGUUAGCGAUGUGAAUUUAUAAGUGGUUUUUUUACCUAUCGACGAGCUUUUUUCGUAUUUAACUUGUAAUACGAAGUAUUAGAAACAACAGCCAAGAUGCCUGUAAGAAGGGGGCAUGUAGCCCCUCGGACUACACUCAUCGAAACUAUUAUUAGAAAAUUUGACACGCAUGAUCGGAGUUUCGUGGUUGCAAACGCCCAGCAUAACUCAUGCCAUGUGAUCUACUGUUCGGAUGGAUUUUGUCGUUUAACCGGAUACAGUAGAGCUGAAGUGAUGCAGAGGUCGGCUGUAUGUGAUUUUUUACAUGGUCCGUUGACGUCGCAGAGCGCCGUUCAAGUGGUCAAACAAGCUCUAGCUGCUGGAGUUGAAAAACAUUUCGAAAUUUUGUACUAUCGCAAAGAUGGUACGAAAUUCCGAUGCAGCGAAGUGAUAGCACCGGUGAAAAGCGAAGCAGACGAUAUCAGCUUGUACAUCAUAAAUUUCGAAGAUUUAAGCGCACCCUCUUCGCCGGUUGAAGAUUUACAGCAAAAUUUACCCUUGAGUAAAUUUGAUCGAGCUAGACAGUCAUUCCGACAAUCACUAAGAAUGGGAUCACUCCGUAGAAACCGUGGCCUUCGAAAUUCUAGUCAACUAACACCAGUUCCUGGAGCUGAUGAAGAUGAAGAAAGCUCACAUCACCAUCAGCCAGUCACAGCGUCUAAAUCUAACGAAAGUAAAGAAACCGGUGUUAGUAUUUCUGUGGAAGAAGAAAGAUUGCAACAAAAAACACCUCCGAUAAAAACCCAAAUGAAUCACGUUUCGCAUAAUCCUCCUAAUAGCGAAGUGUUUCCCGUGAAUUUAGAAGAAGGGGUACCCGAUCCUCAGUUGCAGGCGACCAAGAGCUUAGAAGAGUCGUAUCAGAGGGCUUUGCAAAAUAGUAGAAUACAAGAAUCGCUCGAUAUGUACGAUCGAUGGAAACGAGCUGGAAGUAUGGCUGUGCCUUGUACUCAUCAUCAUAAGGGUCCAGUGAGAAGUGCUACUCUACCUACAGAACUUCAAGAAGAGGAAAUAUCACCUCCAAAAAGACCUCAUACCAUUGAUAAUUGUUCCUCGGAAGCAAGAAACCAUUUUUCGAAAAGACUUCCAACCACAUCGUCUGAAAGUGAUUUACAAAAAUACAGAUCAUCUUCGAGUUGGGAUCGAGUUCCGUCUUUGAGCAACAUCGCCAAUUCAGACAGUUUAAAGUACAAAUAUUCUAUUCAGGAUAAUGGUUCUGCAAAAUUUUUUCAAGGUGCUUUACACACUCCUAACAUGGGAGAGAAAGUUGCUCAGGUGUUAUCUCUUGGCGCGGAUAUCCUACCAGAAUACACCCUCCAGUCACCAAGAAUACAUAAAUGGACGAUUCUUCAUUACAGCCCUUUUAAAGCUGUAUGGGAUUGGAUAAUUUUAUUGUUAGUCAUGUACACUGCUAUAUUUACACCUUACGUUGCUGCAUUCCUGCUUCAUGAAAAAAAUUACGCCGGCAAGCUCAGACAAUAUAGCAACGAUCCAAUGUGGAUAAUCGAGUUGAUAGUCGAUGUUACGUUCGUUGUUGAUAUUUUAAUCAACUUUCGCACAACUUACGUGAACAGAAACGACGAAGUGGUAUCCCAUCCUGGUAAAAUAGCAUUCCAUUAUUUACGUGGCUGGUUUCUGAUUGAUUUGGUGGCCGCGAUUCCUUUUGACAUCUUCGUUAUGGGUAAAUCAACGAAUAACACGAGCGGCUCCGGCGACGAGGUUAACAUGGAAAAAGAGGAGACAACAACGUUAAUUGGAUUAUUGAAAACAGCUCGUUUGUUAAGGUUGGUGAGAGUAGCAAGAAAAAUAGAUCGGUAUUCAGAAUACGGUGCAGCUGUGUUGCUUCUUUUAAUGGCAACAUUCGCUUUAAUUGCUCAUUGGUUGGCUUGCAUUUGGUACGCUAUUGCAUUAACCGAAAGGCCGCAUUUGGUUAAUAAAGUUGGAUGGUUGGAUAUACUUGCCAAUGAUACGCAGCAGUAUUAUAAUACAAACGAUACGGAAGGAAAUAACAGUGGACCUACGAUAAAAUCAAAAUACAUUACAGCGUUGUACUUUACCUUCAGUUGCUUGACGUCAGUUGGAUUUGGUAACGUUGCUGCCAAUACAGAUUCGGAAAAAGUGUUUACAAUUUGUGUUAUGCUCGUAGGAUCUCUCAUGUAUGCUAGUAUAUUUGGUAAUGUAUCGGCCAUCAUUCAAAGGCUAUAUUCAGGCACUGCUAGGUAUCAUACGCAAAUGCUACGAGUACGAGAGUUUAUUAGAUUUCAUCAAAUUCCAAAUCCUUUGAGACAAAGACUAGAGGAAUAUUUCCAGCAUGCUUGGACGUACACCAACGGUAUAGAUAUGAACAGUGUUCUCAAAGCGUUUCCGGAAUGCUUACAAGCUGACAUAUGUUUACACUUGAAUCGAAAUUUGCUCAAAAACUGCAGCGCGUUUAAUGGAGCUUCUCCGGGUUGCCUUAGAGCACUCUCUUUGAAAUUCAAAACUACUCAUGCACCGCCUGGUGAUACGCUGGUUCAUCGAGGAGAUGUAUUAAUUUCGUUGUAUUUUAUAUCCAGAGGUUCCAUUGAAAUAUUGAAAGACGACGUUGUGAUGGCGAUAUUAGGUAAAAACGAUAUUUUCGGUGAAAAUCCAUGUAAACAUCUGACGCUUGGAAAAUCGUCGUGUAACGUUCGAGCUUUAACGUAUUGUGAUCUUCAUAAAAUUCAUCGAGACGAUUUACUCGACGUUUUAGAAAUGUAUCCGGAAUUCUAUCACUCAUUUUCAGAAAAUUUAGAAAUUACUUUCUAUAUGAGAGAUGACGAACAAGCCGGAGUCGAUCCUAGGAAACGUAAAUUCCUCGCCAGAGUUCGAUCACGGUCCAGUUCACACGAAGGAGCUGCAGGAGCCGAAGAAGGCGGAGGGAACAUCGAUUUAGACAUAAGUAAUUCGCAGUCUCAUAGAUUUCAACGUGAAAGGAAUAGUUUAGAUAGUGGGCCUGAUUUUCAUCCUCAGCAAGAUGAACAAAACACCAAUAACGAUUCCAAUUGUAUUUCUCAAUGUAGCGACAAGUGUAGCGGUUACGGUAUUUUAGAAUUUAAUACAGAUAAGGCUGGUCAAGAUGUCACUCCGAUGAAUUUUCAAUUCGCAGAAACUAGUCAGUCACGUUCUGCAAUAAAUUCGAUAACAGGCGUGUUUAAUCAACUAAAACGAAGUUUAACCGAUAUACGAUCACAUACUAUAGGCUCAAAAUCAUCCACUAAAGAAGAUGACAGCUUUUCACAAACAGGCUACCCAACAGCAACUGAAUUAAGAAUUAAGCGCAGUUCCAGUUCGCAGAAUUUUAAGUAUUAUCUUAAUUCCCCGCCUGAUUUGCUAUCAGAAAGUGAACCAUUAUUGGAAAAUCAAAUGUUGGCUUCUGACUCGAGUGAGCCAACUCCGAGGCAUGAGAAACGAGAUCCGUCGAGUUCGAGUAUUAUUAGGCAAAAUGUAUAUCAAUCUCAAGCAAAUUUGCAGUCGCCAAUACAUUCGCUGUCGCCGGCAGGCAGCAAUGGUAAUGUCGUGGCACAACCUAGUACUUCCACUGCUCAAUAUGUAUCUCCUGUAUCUCUUAGUCCAUUACAUUCCAAUAAUAAUUUGUUUCAAUCAUUUCCUGAUGGCAAAUCACCGGGAAGCGUGACUGUAAUAAAUGCUGCUAAUGCAGGAUGCUCAUUUUGUGGCGUUUCUAGAACUGAUUUAGAUUUACAUAACAGAAUCGACCAAGUUUCUAGGCAACUUGAAAAUUUGGAACGAUCUGUUAGUAAUGACGUAAGGCUGAUUUUAGCAUUGCUCACUCAACAGAAUACGCAAAUAAUACCAGAUAUUAAUUUGCCUCCAAAUGAACCUAAUUUCAAAUUACCUAGAUCUCCAAUUACAAGGUCUUAUAGCAAUUCUAGUCAUGAAAAUCUGAGGAAACCUAAACCGUGCUUCAGGAGUUCCUCUCAAGAUGAAUCAAAAAGUUCCACUCGAUUACAAGAUACUCGAACCAGUGUCGAGUCAUCUUCAAGUGUGCCAAAAAGGAGCUUAUCUCAACCCGUGAAUCUUUCACAGUUUCAACUUAGAAGCGGUCAAGAUUUCAUGAAAAAUAUUUCAUCCACAUCUGCCGAAGUCGGCGAUUUAUUUGAUAGUGAGAAUUGGCCAGCUGAAUUACCAGCUGUCAAAAAACGACAACAAUUUGCUGAAAAAGCAUCGGUUACCAGUGAAGAAACUACAGUCGGUGAAUGUGUUCCACUUGCUCCUCUUGCUAGAUUAGAUUCGCUCCAAGAAAUGGAUACGUUCGGAGGUGAUAAUGCAGAAACGCCAACAUCAAGAUCGCCAUUAUAGUUUCACGUUCGUUUAAAUUUGUUCAAUAAUUUAUAGUGGAAUAAUUUUUUGUAAUUUUUUCGAUUUCAUUCGCGCACUAUUUUGGCAUUUUUAUAUGUAUGUAUUUUGUUUUGUUUUGUUUUUUAAAUUAUGAAUUUUAUACUUACCUAGCGUAAUUUUAAAAUUGAUACUGUUACAAUUUUACACAUUUUUUUAAUCCCGAUUUUUCGCAUGAAUGCGCUUAUUUCGUAGUUAUCUAAGGUAAUACGAAUAUAACCGAAUUGUUGCUCCAUGUCUGGUUUAUUCUAGAUUAAUGUGGAUCAGAUGUGAAAAAAAAGGUGAAAAUUUUUGCAUCUACACUUUUGUUUUGUCCUUCGUCAAAUAUUAGAACGGAGUGUACUUGUUAUUUUUGACCAUCGGAAUCCUGCUAAGCUCGUUACCUUUCUAUAAAUUGUAAUUGUUAAAAUAACCCGUUGUCAACUUCGUGAGAAUAGUUACCAGGGUUUGUGAUUUUAGGAAAAUAAAUGAUAUUUUUUUAAAAAAGUAACAUCUACUACCUACUUAGAAAUUUGAAAUUCAAAAACAAGGAAAGAAAUUUUAAAAAUUUUAAAAAGUGCGAAGAACAGUGAAAAAACGAUGUGAUUAUACACCACAUAUUUUUUUUUUCAAUUCAACGAAGCAAUUUAUAAAUUCUUCCUGUACCUCACUAUAAAUUUUAAGUUAUUCCAAAGCAGUAAUUUCGCAAUAAAAUACCUACUUGUAAUGUCUACCAUGCCUAAAAUACUUAUCGAUUGAAAUAUUAAUUACCUAUUGAGAAAUUUGGGAGUUACGCAAUAUCACGAUCUCGACUGCCAUUUUUUGCUAUAACCUUCCUACCUAUUUAUUUUUUUUUUAAUGCUACAAAUCGAUAAACUUACAUAAUAACCAUCAGAGGGGUUUCAAAAUCUGUUACCUACGCAAUGUUUGCUUCAUUUCAAGAAAUUCGCUCGUUGACAAGAAUUUUUUUUUCAAAAUUAUGCAAACUCUGGUUAUUUUAUGUACCUAUCCAGUACAUGAAUUGUUAGUGUUUAUGGUAAAAAUGUACAUAUGUAUCCUUCUGAAGUUUUUACCUGGCUAUUAUAGUGAUGUUUUCUAGUCAUUGCCAAUUUUAUUUAUUAUAUAUGUUAGCUGUUUUUUUGAUUUUUAAACAAAGUAUGAAAUCCAAGACGUUUUAAUAAUUGUUUUAUACUUCAUUUUUAUUUAUUCAUUUUAAAGCAAUAAAUUUCACAUACUUA